UCUCGUCUCUCGCUCCCACAUUCUCCCCCCCCCUCUCUCUCCACGUCUGUAUACGUUCGUUCACAUUCAUUUCACUCCAACAAACCCCAAGAAAAAUCCUCCACUGGCCUCUCGUGCCGGUUCUAAAUGUAGUGCAAUCGAAAAUCAAAGCACCAGGGCGCAUAUCUGGGAAGAAAUUAGGAUAAUUGUUUUAAUUAUCAAAGCAGGUUAUCAGCAAUCACUCCAAUGCCGUUGUCGAGGUACAAGGUAAGGAGCGAGUACGGUCUGGCCGAUCCGGAGCUAUACAGAGCGGCGGAUAAAGAUGAUCCCGAAGCGCUUUUGGAAGGAGUCGCUAUGGCAGGACUCGUCGGAGUUCUGCGCCAGCUUGGCGACUUGGCAGAGUUUGCUGCUGAGAUGUUUCAUGAUUUGCAUGAGGAAGUAAUGGCAACUGCUGCCAGGGGACAUGGUCUAAUGGCUCGUGUUCAACAACUCGAGGCAGAAUUUCCUUUAGUUGAGAAAGCAUUGUUGUCCCAAACUAACCAUUCGUUAUUCUUUGGCAGUCCAGGUGUCGACUGGCAUCCACAUCUAUGCUUUGAACAAAAUCUUAUAACUCGUGGAGACUUACCUCGCUUUGUAAUGGACUCUUAUGAAGAAUGCCGGGGCCCACCACGGCUAUUCCUUCUUGACAAGUUUGAUGUUGCUGGGGCUGGGGCAUGUUUGAAGCGUUACACAGAUCCAUCAUUUUUCAAAGUUGAAGGGACAUCUGUGGGAGUACCAACAGUGGAAGUUCAAAGGGAGAAAAAAAUCCGCAAAGUGAAGAAGAAAGGAUCACGCUGGCGAAAUGGAGAAACCCCAGAAAUUGUGCCAGCAUCACACACCAAACUACAGCAGUUGUUUCUGGAGGAGUGUAUUGAAAAUAGUUUUAGCAACCCUGCGCGUCUUGUGAACUUAAAGAAAAGGCAGUUAAAUGGGUCUCCAUUUGAUUCAAAAUCUGGAAAAAGCUACAUGGAAAAAUUCAUAGGAAGUCCUCCAGAAUGUAAAACCAUUUGUGAAACUUCUGUUUUUGCUCCCCCCUUGAAUUUGGCACCUGGUAAUUCGAGUGUAUCAGGGCUCGAAAUAAUUGAAAUCAGUACAGUGACUCAUGUUAAAAAUGUUCUGCCAGGAGAGGAAAGUGUAUGUUCUCCACGUAAUGGACGUGAACUGGCUCCAAGACCUUGUAUGGAUCAGUUAAAGGGAGAUGUUACUGAUAGAGAAAUAGUUAAGGUCGUUGAACAAACUGCUGCAGGUGAGGUAGAAGAAACACUUUCUCCCCAUGAUAAAAUAGCAUUGGACUUGGGAGACAGAACAGAGGGCAGUGAAGAUGGGGAUGAUGCGAUUAGUGAAAUAGAUAAUUUCAUGGAUGCUCUUGCUAGUAUGGAGUCAGAAAUGGAAACAGACACUGAGUAUAGAAUGAAGAACAACCAGGGUUACUUGAAUGCUAGCAAACAUGAGACAGAUUCUGAUGCAAAUGAGGAACAGCUGGGAGUACUUGCUCAUUUUUCAGAUUCUCAGUCGAUGGGAAACUCGUCUCUGUCAGAUGAUGGGAACAGUUCAUUCAAAAGAGGAGGAUCUAGCUUUUCUUGCUUUGAUACUCGAAGCAAUUUGGCUGAAAAUAACCCAUCUGAUGUUGAAGAAACAGCUAAGAUGAUCCCUUUCACAGAAGCUUCUGUUGUUGAGACUGUUGAAUUGCCAUCCAAUCAACUCCCUGCAUAUAUGAAGACUUCAGGAACCACAUCUCUUGAUCAUGUAAUGUCUGAUGAUAAUUCAAUCGAGGAAGAAAAUGCCCCUUAUCUUGGAGAAGCAUCCAGUUCAUUUAGUAAAGAUUCAGAAAACAUGCAUGUUGAAUACGAUACAGGAAUAAGUUCUCUAGUAGUUUCAUUACCAGUAGCUGAUUCAGAUGAAAUACCCUCUAAAUGUAUUAUAGAUGGUGCCAAUGCGAUAAACAUUGAAAAAGAUGUGAGAAACCUGGUAGAGUCUUCUGUGGCUGUCUCUGACUUUUCACCCAAAGAGAGGGAUAAUUUUCUCUUCAGAUGUGAUGGGAUGCGUGAGAGAGAUUCAAAUCUUCUUUCUGAUGCUUCAGUGAAUUUGUCAAACAUAACAGAUAUUGAUCGUGACAAGUGCUGGAUUGAUAAUUCAAGAAACGAUGUGCUUCCAACAUCUCAUCUAGAAGACAAUUGUGCAAAAGAUUUGUCCGAUGAACACAAUUGUUCACCAUAUUCUGAGAAAUUGCCUUCCACUCUUUCAGCAGAAAUGUCUUCAGAUAGUGCACUGCUGCUUGAUCCUUCAGACACUACAAAACCUGACGGCAUGGCCUGCCAAGACAAGGAUUAUUUUCCAGAUACUGAUGUAAACUCAGAAAAUUUAGCUCCUGCGGUGAAUAAUCCUGAACUUCUUGGAAUUGAAGAAACGCAACCCUCAGAUGUUGCAGAUGAUAUCUCACGACUUAAAUGUGAUUCAACAGAAGUAGGAUUUCCAUAUGUUGAAGAGACUUCUAAAACUGCGGGUGGUGAUAAAAUUGGUAGUUUUGCCUCUGAGAUAGAGUCAGUGGGAGAAGGUGAUUUUUCACUUGAAUAUAUAUCUAGUUAUGCAUAUAAAGAGGGGCUUGAGGGAUCAGUGAGCUUUGAUGGUAUGGUGAAUGAAACUAGUUCAGUAGAGGAUGAGGCUGUAUGUUCUACAAUGGCUGCUUCUGUUAGUACUGAUGUCGUCAAAGAUGUUACUUGUCCGUCUUUACAUUUGGUUUCUUCUCCAGCUAAUAGUUUUACAGAUUUGCAAGAAUGUAUUUCUAGCUCUGAGGAUCUACACCAGAGAAGAUUGGAAUUUAUUGAGGCAAUGUCUAUGGAAUGCCUUGCAGAAUCAGAGUCAGAAAAGGAUGUGAAUCAGCUGAAGACGGCUCCCAAAGAUUUAGAUUGCGUAACUUGUGAGUCUGUCCAUUAUAAACAGUGCGACCAAGAAACUUUAGAGGAUGCUCUCGAUACUUCUGGUCAAACCCAAAGAAAUUCGCUUAAAGAAUCCACAUCUUCACCUUCACCUUCUUGUUACCCUUCAGAGCCAGUAAUUUCUUUGGAGCAAUCAUUAGAGUGGCAAGCUGGUCAAUGUAAUGUGAAAACUUUGAAUGUAGAUGAAGCAAGUUUUAAGUCUUUAAAUCAGGCUUCACCUGAUUGUCGUCUUUCAGAGCCUAUAUCUUCUUCAGAACCAUCAGUGCAGUUGCAUGUGGAGCAAUGUGAGGAUAAGUUCCUGCCAGCUGAUUUUGCAAGUUUGGAGUCAUUGGAUCAGCAGUCUGACCAGAUGAAAUCUCCAGGUCACAUAGAUGAGGGGACAUCCCUUGUGACUUCACCCAAAUCUUGUCCAGAACAUCUCAGCCAGUCUCCGUUGUCAGAUACUUUGGUAGAGUUAGCCAGCCAGGAACUUAAUGAUUGUAAGAUGGCUGUGAGUCCAUUAGACACUAUGUUUCCUCAAUUUGGCUUGUUCUCUGAGGCAACUAAUGUCAAUCUGGAGGAGAUACCCCCAUUGCCACCUCUACCUCCCAUGCAGUGGUUAGGAAAAAUAAGGAUUACUCCCCAUGUUGCACAGAGAGAAGUGGUUGAACAAAGUGAGGAUUCUUUCCGACUGAUUCAGCCAUCUUCAGCCGUCGACAAAGCUCAAUUUAAUUUAUCCGUAUCAGAGAAAGAGAUUGUGCAGCCAGACAACCCGUUUUGGUCUUCCAUGUAUGCAGAUUAUAAGCGGCAAGAAGUUUCUGAAGAAAUAGCCAGCAAUUCAGGGCAGGCCAGUCCCUUCUCAUUGCAAUCUUCAACGGGGGUUCUGGAUGCAAAUAGUCAACAUGAUGAGCUUGCAUCAGUGGGAACAAAACUGUUGAACCCAUUUUUACCUCUACCUAAUGACAGGCCUGAGCAUUUUUUCCUGGGCUUAGAAGGAGAACCAAUAACGUCUAGUACACAUCCAUUUACUCCUAUUCCAUCUGAGGAGUAUACAACUAGACGUUAUUCUGUACCAUCACAGGAUACAUCAAUUCAGCCUCUGAAUCAAUUAGCACCAGAAAAAGGUUUCAAGGCUAAGGCACCCGAACACACUCCACAAAAUUCUGAAGGUGAAGAAAGGAAUCCUCCUGUUGCAUCUCUGCCACUCCUGCCGGAAGAGCAGCUUCAGCAUGGAUCUGUGACUUCACAGGGAGAAACAAUAUGGCCCUCAAAUGCAUUUGCUCUGCCACCAGCCUAUGAUGUUGGGAAGCCAAAUGGGAGUAAGCUUCCCCGCCCUAGAAAUCCUCUCAUUGACGCUGUUACUGCUCAUGACAAAAGCAAGUUGAGAAAGGUAACUGAAAGGAUCCGGCCUCAGAUUGAACCGAAGGCAGAUGAAAGAGAUUCAUUGCUAGAGCAGAUACGAACUAAGUCCUUUAACUUGAAGCCAGCAGUGGUGACAAGGCCUAACAUUCAGGGUCCUAAGACCAACCUGAAGGUUGCUGCCAUCCUGGAGAAAGCAAAUGCAAUCCGUCAGGCACUGGCUGGAAGUGAUGAUGAUGAGGAUGCAGAUAGUUGGAGCGAUUCUUGAGAAACUUACUCUACCAUGAUGGAUCUUCCUUCCCAUAUAGUGAGAUGGUAAACAUUCAUGUAUUCUUUGCCCUCUCUAGUAUACUUUUGUAGAAUACCUCUCCCUUCAGUCUCUCGUCUCCUCUUCCUCAGAUAGGCUCAGUACGUAUUCGCUGCUAUGUGGCAUUUCCCUAUCAAGAAAAAUCUGGUGUGGAGUUAAUACAAGAAUGGCUGCUAUGAAUCAGUAUACUAGCGCCGUUCCAGUCAAGUUUUAUGUAUUACUAUAAUAUCUUGCAGUUGUAAAUUGUUUUGUAAGUGGCAUACGUUUUGAUACAUAGUGUACUUCCUAUACAGUUUUGUAAUCUUCUAUGUAAAGGUUUCAUAGUGUAACAUCUAGAUAGCAGAAUUUGCAUUCGAAAGAGUAUAAAGCAGAAUGGAUUCUUGCGGCAGGGCGCACUGCGCGGUGGCAACUGGCAGGUGCUUGUUAUGAAGAAUAUAUCCAGAAGUUUGUGUAAUUGUGUAGGAAGAUGUCCUUCCAUAUUUUGAUGAUCAUUGCCGACUGUGAAGUACUUCUCUUCGA